AUAUACUAAUAUGUGUGCAGUACAUUAUGAUGCUAUAAUAGAUAACAGGCUAUGCUCGAAACGUCGUUAAUUAUUUUUAAAAAAAAUUUCCUUGUACAAUUUACUUACAUUGAUCGUUAUUACAAAAGUUUAUGACUAGUUUAAAAUUUAGAUAAUUAAUAAGAAGUUCUUUACUUGUUAAAAAUUCUAAAACGGCUAAAAUGAAUGUUUAUGCAAUGAAGUCCGUUUAACUAAAAGCAAUUAUAAAGAAAUAGGUUUUCAAAUUUUUCUUAAAAAUAUUCAAAUUUGGAGAUGUUUUAACAUUGUUGGGCAACAGGUUCCAAAGUCGGGGAGCACAGACGGGGAGCAUAUACAUUAAUACCUACAAAUUUAUUUUGGCUGGAUGUUGAUUUUUCUGGCAGCUAAGCAAGCUGAUCUGGACCUCUGGAUAAGGCCUGGAUUAGAGGUGUUCUCAUACUUGUAUCAUAAACACAUAUAAACAGUGGUUACACAGUUGGUGUAUGUCCCUUAACAUUAUCAUUGCCAGCAUUCAUCUCAAGCUGGCCUUAACUGAGUGCUUCGAAGAAGUCAUCUACAUAUAUUGAGAAUAAUCUUGGUUGAAAACAUGAGCCUUGCGGCACUCCGUACUCCAUUUUUCUCAGUGUACUGACGCUUCCAUCAAUCUCAUUGAAAGUCUGUCUGUUAUCAAUACAAUCAAUACAAGGGUUGAAGGUGCCAUGUUUCCUGAGAACUCUGCCUACGGAAGCUUGUGCAUUAAAAUGACGUGAUCCACUUCAUUUUCAGUCAGUUCACCGGGUGUCCAUGGCCUACUAAAGAGUCUAUUGUUUCCAUUAUCUACACUUCCUUAUUUCUUCAAAGACAGGCGAAUUUUCCUAUCUUUUAUUCUACAAGAUACUGGUUUAAUUUCUUGCAGAGUUUCCAGAGACUAUAUAUAUAUAUAUAUACCAUGAUUCACUUGAUUUGCACAUCAAAUUUGGUGUUAUACAAUCUGACUCCGGAGCAAUGCCAAGCUUCAUUAUUUCCAACACAGUGUCGUUGGAACAAAAUGAUAAUGAAGGAAGUGGUGGCCUUUUCAGUGUCUUCCAUUCAGCUCCCGAAUACAAAAGAAAUGAGAAACAGUUUAGCGAUUAUUGGGCGUUGUUUGAUCGAUCUUACUGCUUUUUCCCCGGGUUGCUUUAUUUUGUUUCCAGACUGUGUUUUCUAACAGUUUCAGCUUAGAGAUUUUGUCGUUAUUAUUUUCGGAAUCAUUUAAACUAUUCCUGUUCAAGAAAUAAGCUUUGUUGUUUGGAAAAUUGAAUCCUGAGUUUCGCUGAUUCCCAUUGGCUACAGUCAAACUGUUUGAAAAGGUCAAUUCGACAUUCCAAUUUAUUUCUCAAGGAUGUUAUUUCCCUCAACUUUGGUUCCUAAACCGCUGUUUUGUUUAUCUGUUUAAACAUUGAUAUUGCAAAAUUUGCUGGUUUUGUGUUAACAGUGAGCAAACAGUUUGAAGGUGGUGGUUUUAAUACACUUGUGCGAAAAUUGCUUCCCAGUGUAGCAACCACUUUGAAGCAGCACAUCAGAUGACGGUAUAAAAGUUAGCGACUGUGUGAGAUGGUUCUUAGAUCUCCACACAGAGCUUCAGAGUUGCAACAUACACAGCUAAUUUGAAAUGGAAGCGAAAGACGUAUACUGGAUAGCAGCAAUAAUUAUCGGUUUGUCAGUAAUAGUUGCGAAUUCGAUCGUCAUUGGCACGUUUUGCCGCUUUAAAAGACGAAUUUUGCGCCGCAAAGUCAACAGGUUUCUGUUAUCACUCGCCUUCGCAGACCUGCUUGUCGGCGUGUUCAGCGUGUCUUUGGCGACCUGCUUGCUGUCCAACCAACGCAUGAUGAUAUACAAAAUGGCUGGUAAUAUCCCCCUCUUCGGUAGUUUUUUCGCAUCCAUUUUGUCCCUGUCGCUGUUCUCUUUUGACCGACUGAUUGCAAUCCAAAGGCCACUGAGAUAUUACUCUAUUGUAACUUGCAGACGCAUUGCAGUUUUUCUUGCUUCAAGUUGGGGAUUUUCCUUCCUGAUGUGUGUACAACAAUAUUCUUUUUUUUUUGGCUUUUCUUUUGAACUUGAGCUGAGAGCACGUGGAACAAUAAUGAUUAUUUGUUUCUUUGUUGGUGCAACCGUAUUAAUUGUCACAAAUGCGCUUCUGUACAAAGCCAUAAAGAAACAGUAUUUAAAGACUACAGAAAGUGAAAGCUUCUCUCUCCGAGAGCAAGGCUGUGGAGAAGAUAACGGGAGAGGCGAUACGUCGAAAAGGAGACUCCCAAAGAGGUCUGAUUUAGCUGCAUCUAGAGAAUGUUUAUGCAUCGUUAUAGUUUUCAUUUGCUGCUACCUGCCCUUGUCAUUAUAUCGUCUUGUUUAUACAUACGGCAUCAGCAUUAAUGACAUUCACGGAAGGAGAUUGUGUCUUUUGUUUGCGCUGUUGAGUAGCUUCAUAAACCCGUGGAUCUAUUUCUUCAAGCGAAAGCAGUUUAGGGCUCUUUAUUCAAAAAGAUCUGCGCAAUCAGAUGAGGAAAGCUUCUACCUGUGAAGACCUUUACUUAUACGGAUGAAAAAACAGUGCUAAAGUAAACAUAAUGAAGGUAAACGCUUUUCAAUGUAUUCAUCACCAGCUUUCGUGUAUUGAAAGAAUAAAAUGGCGAAUACAAACAAUCAAGCUUUAUUAUAACUGUUGAAAAAGAACAGAAAUACAUGCUGACUUAAUUGAUCUAAUUAAAGAUGCAUGACGACUUUAUUGUGUAAAUUAAAGAAGAAUAUACUCAAGAAGAAUAGCUACUUAAUUAUAAUCAUUUGCAGAAACCUUGAUAGGAAACACCAGUGUUAUUCUUCUAAGAACUCGUUAGAUACUGUAAAGAAGUAGUUUUGCUCUUGCUCCAAAGAUGUUUUGGAUCUUCAUCGAACAUCGUUGAGACUUUCUUUGCGUCGCAAGAUGCACUGCUAGAACCUAUUAAAAAUUCUUGGCGGUUCAGCAUGAAAGCCUUUCGUUUUGCAGUUUCUGGGGCAAUUCUAAACGACUGGAAUGUUUUCCAUUUUGACUGUAUUGUGUAUGUACCCGUUUUCUUUCCAUUUUUUCAAAAAAAGGAAAUUUUUAAUUAAAGUCAAUUAGUAAUACAAACAACAGCAACCAUCAAAUGUAGCAACGUAUUCUAAGCUUGGAAAAAGCAGUGGUGAAUCUAGGUGGCAACUACGGUGGGAGGUGGGGGGCGUUGGGGGCUUAAACCCUUCUAGAAAUAUUUGCAAGAGGCCCCGUCCACCCCAGGCAGCGUGUUGAUACAGCAAAAAGCUCUAUAUUCGAAGUUUGAGAUAGGUGGAACAAGUCAGAAAGGUGUUUUAGUAGUCAUUAUCUUUUAUCAAAAGGACUUUUGGUGCGUGUGAUGGUCAUAUGUUCAGGUCAAGUCGCAUUAUCAGCAUUAUAUCUUGCCUGAGUCAGACGAAACGAUAUAGUGGUCUUCAUACCUCACAUCACAGUCUGUUUUUCGCUGUUAUUGGUUGCUCAAUUGUAAGCUAUAGCUGUGAACAAUGGUGAUUCUUUAUCAUUUGUGCGUUCCUGUGUAUCUGUGUAUUAACAUUGUUAUGAAGGCCUCAACAUUGUAUUAUUCUCGCGCCAAACAAUACCCAAAGUCAAAUCGCUAUUUUUUAAACCACUUCACAUUAACCAAAGAGCAAACAACACUUUUACACAUAAACUGCAGUGCGCUUGAUUUCUAAGCGGAUAUCGCAGAGGCGGAUCCAGAGUGAGUUCCUUGGUGCACAGAACUCAGUCAGUUUUCCAACAUAUAGCUAAAAAUAGUGUUGCCUGAAACAAGAAACAUUUAGGCUAAAAAAGUGAAACCUAAAAAUUCUUAAUUUCAUCACAGUCCCUUCAGAAUUUUAAAGCUGCCAGUUUGAUAUAGUUCGUUCGUCCUUUCCGUCCCUUCUUCUCUGUCGUGAUUGUGAAACGAUUUCCCAAACGCUGUGGGGGACAACAGAAGUCGAUCCUAGAACUCGGAAAUAAACGUUUUGUGCCUCGGAAGUGAAUGAAUUGAAACAAUAAACUUUUUGUUCGGAACACGGAUGGAACUCAGUCAAAACAGCAUCUGGAACUCGGAAAUGAAACCAUCUUUGUAAGAGAGCAGUACAAUAGCCAGUAGUUUAUUGGCUACCUAUUGUUUCUGUUCUAGCGUGGAAGUCGAUCCUCGCAGCAUUCUAGCAGAUUGUUAAGCGUUUGAGAUAAAACCAGGAAAAAUCGUUAAUUUUCCAGGAGCAUUAACAACCUUUGUUUUAAAUUGCAGUCCUAUGCAGGGGAGACCUAUGCUCAGACGGAACACCAUACUUUGAUGAAUAGGCAGGUGUCUACGGAGGCAAAACAAUUAAUUGCGAGGGAAAACGGGAAAAAUUUUGCUAUGUCAUCCAAGACAAAUAAAAAGGUAUUAAGAAUAAGAGGGGGUUGCAAAAACUUUCACAGAGGCAGUUUUUUGUCAGAAAAAGAUCUAGAAUCUAGUUCAGUGAGUGGGUAGUACCUGCCCCU